UAUUCAAAUAUUCUGUACCCUCCCAAACCCUAUUAUUAUCGCCCGCGCUCACAUAAAACUUAAUCCCUGUAUAUACAUGGCCACUGUUGCUGUGUAUUGAGAGUGAACGCCGUUGAACAAAUCAAUCUCGAGCUGUUUGCUGGUUCACCGGAAGGUAGGGGGAGAGCCGAUGAUGAUACUCUCGCACACGGAGAUGCCCUAAACGCGCCCUUCCAGAAAUUCAAACCGCGUCUGUCUCCCGGGAGCCGUGAGCGCGCAGAGCCCAGCAGCACACCCCCCAAUGCUGCCACACGAAAGGCGGCAGCAACAACCGGUGGAACAGAUAGCGACGGCCGUGCGGACAGGCAAGGCAAGCCCAGCCAGCCCAGCUCACCCAAGUUCGCCUUUUCGCCCACCAGUCGGCUAGCCUACGAGCUCACUAGCCCACCAGCCCAGCUAGCUAGUUAGGCUACUAUACUACCAGCCAGUCGGCUCGCAUCCAGACUACAAACAACAUUGAACCGACCAGUACAGCAGCAGGCAGAUAGUCGGCCUAAACUAGCCGGGCAUCCAGCGAGCCGAAGUCAACACACUUGUAACAAGCAUGUCGGCGGAGUACGACAGCUUCUCGUUCGCUCGCAAGUUCGGAAACAUUUAUUUGAGCAUCCUGGCGCUCUUUUGCUUCAAGCUGUGCGUGAAGCUGAGCCUGGCGCUGCUCAGCCACUUCUACAUCGUGCGGGGAAACCGCAAGGAGGCGGCGCGCAUCGCCAGCGAGUUCUACGGCAUCGCCGAGCACAGCGGAUCGUGGGCCGACCGGAGCCUGCAGCAUGAAGCUGCGAGCCAGGGACGUCUUCUCUCACUCAAAACGUACAUCGCACAAGGCUGCAACGUGAAUGCGUUGACGAUAGACCAGGUGACUCCACUGCACGAGGCGUGUCUUGGGGGGCAUGUGUCCUGUGCUCGAGCCCUCAUCCAAGCGGGGGCCAUGGUCAAUGCUAUGACGAUAGACGGUGUGACCCCGCUGGUGAAUGCGUGCGUGCGCGGGAGCCCUGCGUGCGUGAAGCUGCUCCUGGAGAGCGGCGCAACCCUCUACUGCGCCGCACACACCACCCCGCUGCACGAGGCGGCCGCUCGUGGUCACGUGGACGUGCUGGAGACACUGCUCGAGUUUGGGGCAAACAUCGACGUGGAGCUGCCCCACACGGGGACGGCAUUGUAUGCAGCGAGCCUGCACGGCCGCGAUGCCUGUGUGCGGGCUCUGUUACGUGCAGGUGCGGGAAAAAACGCACAGUUCUGUCUGCGCGGACGUCAACAAGGGGUGUUUCCGCACCACUCCGCUGCACGUGGCAUCGCGCGCGAUGCACGGCGGCACAAUGGAUGUGCACGGCAGGGUGCGCGCUGUGCUGGGCCUGCGCGGCCCGCUGGGCGCGUACGACGAGGGGGGCGGCAACGGCGCGCACGGCAGCGCCUACUGCACCGCGCACGGCCUGCGCCUGGUCGGGCUGCUCCUCGAGUUCGGGGCCGACGUCAACGUUCGGGACGCGGACGGCAAGCGGGCGGUGGAUUACGCGCACCAUGCACACCCCGAGUGCACGCUGCAACAGUUGCUGCAGUCGCACGAAGAUCCCCAGUCUCUCACGCAGAUAUGCAGACUGGCGAUACGAAAGAAGCUUGGUCGAGCGCGACUGCACAUGAUAUCUUGUCUACCCCUGCCCAGAAUCAUCACCAACUACUUGCAGUACCGCUAGGCUUGUACGAACACUUGCGUGUGUUUGUACUUGCUGUUGCACUAAAAACAUAAAAGUGUCUGCUUUAAAACGAGGCUAAAUGUCACAAGCAUGUACUUAAUACUCACCCAGCUCACUUGCUUGUGCCAAUUUGGCAGUGUUGCGUUGCGUCUUCAAAGUUAAUGUGUGCAUAUGCCGAAUCCACUGAGCGGAUUGUGGCUGUCAGGUAGGGGAAGUUGCCAACACUGUUGACGUUGCAGAACAUUACAUGUGCAAGCUGUUGAUUGUAAUGUGGAGGCAAUGUAUAAUAUGAACCCGUCAGCAUCUAACAAGUUACAUGGAUUUCAUGGAAUGGAAAACCUGAAAAAGGGUUUUUACCUCUUCAGGCAAAAUCCCCAAAGGUUUACGGAUGUAGACUGCACCUUGGUCAUGGAAAGGUCACUUCCCAAAGCUCGUGCACUACACUAAUUAGCAACUCGUUUUAUUAACACGUAGGGUUUCGCAGACAGUGUUAUGAUUCAUAUAUUUUUGUUAUGCAGGCUACAAUGAUUUGGUGAAAUCGUUAAGACCCUCCACCGAACUAACAGCCAAAUUAAUUGUCACGUGUACAAUAAUUUACCGCAUAAAUGGCUUUUGUUUCAGCUCACGGGUAAGUUAAAGAACAGUCCUCACAACCAAAUAGCAAUUAACUGUUUCAUUUGAAACUCCACCAAUCAGAUCAAGAUCAAGGAAGAGUGAACAACAAUCAAGUAAGUCGUUUUGACUUGCCGAUUCUGACUUCCUGGAUUGCGGUGUGAAAUGAUAAACCUGUUUGCGAGGAUUGUUUUUUCAACUUGCAGUGAGCUGAAACAAUAGAUGGCGCGUUAAACACUGGUACACGUGACACAUUUUAUGGCGGCGUCGGAUGGUGGAGGAUCUCAACGACAUUUUGGUCGGAUCAUUACGUGGCCUAACCAAAAAUAAAUUAUGAAUCCGGUUUUCAUUUUUGUACCUUUUCCAGCCAUGUACAGAAAUAUGGACUUUGUUGCCGUUAUUGACUUGUUUAAAUUUGUAUAAUAAAUAUACCUAUGUAUAACUGA